GCCUGGUAGGCUGCUGUCUAUGGGGUCACACAGAGUUGGACACGACUGAAGCGACGCAGCAGCAGCAGCAGCAGCAGGAAAGGGUUUCUGUAGGCUGAUGACUAUAAGUGAGAAGAGAAAUCAAGAUAUGCGGAUCCUUCCUGUCAGAGCCAGCAAACAAAACAGAAUCCCAAAGCCCAUGAAAACUGCUGGAGAAUAAACUUUGGUCUGAGUAGACGCUCUAAUAAUAAAUAUUGAAUACAGAUUUCUCCUGUAUUUGAUGGUGCUUCCUGUUGCCCUCUCCUCCCAAGCAACUUUUUAUUUAGUCUCCUGAUGACUUUGUAAAAGUUGAAUGUUGAUCUUUUCUCAUCCUCAUUUAAUUUCUGUUGGUUCUAGUCCUGUCUUUCCUGCAGGGAUGGGAGAGAAGCAGUUGUCCUGUCCGACUAGGAGAGCCCAGGAACAACCACGGAUCCACACACAGCUCUAGGCCACCUCUUCUCUGCAUUAGCAACUGCUAAGUUGCUUGUUGAAGCCUUGGAGAGGAGGCAGGACACGCACAAGACUAUUUGAUGCCAACAAGGGCUGCUGUCAUUUGCCAUGGGACUCGGGAUUCUCUUUUGAGAAGGUAUCCCUGGUCACCGCCCUCAUCCUGUUCUUCCUGGAUGGAACAAGAAGACAAACAGGGUGUGUGUGAAGCCCAGGACUCACAAGACAAGGGCAUGGGCUCUGAUUCUGAGAGCUGUGAAGACAGGGAAGGGGACCCAGAUGAAAGAGGAAUGGGCUCCAACCCACAGGACGAAGCUCCAAGAGGACACUCAGAGGAGAGGGAGCUUAUGCCGAAUAUCUGCACAGAGGGGCUGCUGAGCGAGGAAGACGGGGUUGCAGGCCGUGAGGAAGAGGAUGACCCAUCUGGCGUAGCUGAGAUGGCCAUGUUCCCAGGGCUGUCUGAGUCCGGCAGCAUUUCCCGGAGUCCCCAGGAAGAAGAGGAAGAGGAGAGCGCUGGGGAGAACCGGCUAGAGGAGGAAGAGGAGCAGCCGCCCCCUGCCGUGCUUCCCUGGAGGCGGCACCUCUCCCUGGGGAGUCGGCACCGGGGCGACAAGCCUGCCCACCGCCGCUUCCGCCGCCUCCACCACCCCAUGUCCAUGGACCUCGGGGAGCUCGACAGCCUGAUGGCCAGCAUCAUGGACGCGCCCACCAUCUGCCCCGACUGCGGGGAGAGCUUCAGCCCUGGCGCCGCCUUCCUGCAGCACCAGCGCAUCCACCGCCUGGCCGAGGCCGCCGCGGCCGCCAGCCUGGAGCCCUUCGGCUUCGCUGGCGAGUGCGAAGCGGUGGUGGGGAUGAUGGGCGUGGGCGGGGGCUUCGGGGCAGGGCCCGCGCUGGCCCGGCCCCCGCGCGAGAAGCCCUUCCGCUGCGGGGAGUGCGGCAAGGGCUUCAGCCGCAACACCUACCUGACCAACCACCUGCGGCUGCACACAGGCGAGCGUCCCAACCUGUGCGCCGACUGCGGCAAGAGCUUCAGCUGGCGUGCCGACCUGCUCAAACACCGGCGGUUGCACACGGGCGAGAAGCCCUACCCGUGCCCCGAGUGCGGCGAGGCCUUCAGCCUCAGCUCGCACCUGCUGAGCCACCGGCGCGCGCACGCCGCGGCUAGUGGCGCGGGGCCGGCGGCGCUGCGGCCCUUCGCGUGCGGGGAGUGCGGCAAGGGCUUCGUGCGCCGCUCGCACCUGGCCAACCACCAGCGCAUCCACACGGGCGAGAAGCCCCAUGGCUGCGGCGAGUGCGGCAAGCGCUUCAGCUGGCGCUCGGACCUGGUGAAGCACCAGCGCGUGCACACGGGCGAGAAGCCCUACAUGUGUUCCGAGUGCGGGGAGACCUUCAGCGUCAGCUCGCACCUCUUCACGCACAAGCGCACGCACUCGGGCGAGCGGCCCUACGUGUGCCGCGAGUGCGGCAAGGGCUUCGGGCGCAACUCGCACCUGGUGAACCACCUGCGAGUGCACACGGGCGAGAAGCCCUUCCGCUGCGGCCAGUGCGAGAAGCGCUUCAGCGACUUCUCCACGCUCACUCAGCACCAGCGCACGCACACGGGCGAGAAGCCCUACACGUGCAUCGAGUGCGGCAAGAGCUUCAUCCAGAGCUCGCACCUUAUCCGCCACCGCCGCAUCCACACAGGCAACAAGCCGCACAAGUGCGCGGGCUGUGGCAAGGGCUUCCGCUACAAGACGCACCUGGCGCAGCAUCAGAAGCUGCACCUGUGUUAGGGCUGGGCCCAACGGAGGCUGCCCUGGGCGGGGCAGGGGUGGGGUGGGAAAUCACGUGGGGACUAGGUGUCCUGGGGACAGACCCUAUAGAAAGAAACGGGGAAGGGAGGUGGGAGGCACAAUCUGAGAAUGACUGGGGGGCCUUUUAGGUGUUAGGAGUCCCGAAGGGGUGGGUUGAAUAAGAGUUGUUCUUUGGGAGGGGCUGUAUUUUGCCUACCUCCUCCCUAACUGUGAAAUGUUUGGGAGAUGUGCUUGAGCGUGGUGAUUUUCAUCAAAUGCACGCUAUAGGGAGUGAAGGAUGUGGAGGAGCAGGCAUUCUGAGGACUUUUAGGAAGAGGAGAUAGUGGGGUGGGGGAGGGUACAGGAUGGCAGGCAACACAGUAGGUUGGGCCGUGAUGGCCUCUGGGAAGCAGGGAGAGGGUGUGGAUGGAGUGAGAGUUAUGGGAUAAAAUCAAAGGCAUGUAUGAGUAAGUCUGUCCUGGCUUCACCAGGUAUUAAGCCACUGUUUGCCCUGUUCCCCCACAUCAGCUGCAGUCCCACAAAAAGUAGGGGAACUUUGUCAGUCCUACAGGAGUGGAUAUUUUGUGUACUCUUCCCUUCCUUUCUCUGAGCCACAGUUAGCUGCUAUUUUGAGGCGUCCAGAGGAAACUGGGCAGAAUUUUCAGCUACACACCCUCAUUUCCAGGGCAGAAUCUCUGAGGUUUAGAAAUCCAUUCGUAACUGGUUUUCAGAUCAGGGAGCUCUUGGUACUGCUCCUGGUUCUUUGCUACUUUAAAAUACUCUAGCUUCAUGCUGGGUUAGGGUGGUCUGUGUGGAUGACCAGCCCCCCACCCCUGGUGUCAGGUGUGUUCCAGGCGCAGUGUUCUUUCAGGUCUCAUCUGUGGUCUUUAAGUGCUGGGAAAUAGAACAAUCCCAGCAUGCGUGACUCUUCCUUUCCCAGGUCAGCUUGAUGCUUGUUUCAAGUGAAACUCGGGCCAUCAGUGGUUGCCCUAGUGACCUGCUGCAAAAGUCAGUUUGCUCAGAGUUUUGCUGGCCUUCUGUGAGAAAUCCAGGAAAUCAAGAUGUUCCCGUGUUGGGCUGCCAGGCUCCCUGGUCUCAUUUGUAUCUGUAUACCCCUCCGCCUCUGCAGUGAUUGGGGAGCAAUUCCAACUCCCUCCUCCACCCAUAUGGUUAUGGGCUUUGGUCUGAGCAGAAGUUUCUCUUUCCUACACAGGGAGGCACAGUAGAAAGCUCAAGACUUCACACAAGGAGGGCACACGCAGCAAGAGGUAUAAAUGCAGAAUUGCCAAAUAGCACAAGCAGUGAAUGUUGUCUGGUGGUUAUGUUAAUGCCAAAACAGCACUUUUGUGUUUGUAAAGUGCUUUAUGCUUUUGAAUGAUUGUUAGUUGUUCCUCACGUCUUUGUGAGGUAGGACAGUAUUAUGACCCCUGUCUUAGGGAAGGCCAGGGGACAGGAGUGCAACAGGCAGUUCUGAAGAAAGGCAGACAGCAGUGUGGAUAGGUGGGUCUGACCUACUGUGCUCUCCAGUUCAGCUGCUAGGAAGGCUGACCUAUCGUCAUUUAUAUAAUAAGGACACUGAAAAUUCUUACGCUUGGUGGAAAAACUCAAGGGUAGUAUAGAAGGGCCAAAGAUGUCCUUGUUGACAAAGCUGGUCUUUGUCAUGUAAUUAGAGUGUCCCAGAUAUGUUCCAUUUCUAGUCGGGGCUGUAGAUGACUCUUGUACAGACUUCAGUGACCUAUGCUGAAAAUCCCUCCCUUAGGUUAGCCUUUAGAAGGUAGAGUUGUGGAAAGCGGUUUUGUUUUCUUUAUUAGUGAUUGUUACCCUCUACUUUUCAUGAAAGCAUCUUCACAAACUGUUGGACACACUUGACGGGAAAAAAAAAAAUCCACAAGCUUGUUUUUGUCGUUCUAGCAAACUUUCUAUGGAUGCUGGUAAGUUAUACUUGGUCAGUUGUAUUUUAGCAAAGAACUUCUUUGGGGACUGUAGGAAAGCAUGUUUUUGCCAUCAUAACACUUAAAAAAAAAAAUUCCUGAGAAAUCUGGGUUUGUAUAAUGCCUGUUGAUCUUGCUCUCUAAAUUGGUUUAUUGUUAUUCACAAAUGCAAAUAGAUUUUUAAACUAUAGAUAGUUUUGGAAGAUACUAAUUCCUUUUUAUUUUGGUUGAGAGUAAUCUGAGCAAAGCAAGUGUCCAUUAUUUAUUCUGACUCUUGAAGUCUGAAUACUAAGUGUGUAAGACUCACAUGAAAACAGUAUAGCCAGUUUGUAGGUAAUCUUAUUCCUUUUUUUUUUUUUUUAAUGCACAUCUACCUCUUCCAGCUGUUUUAAGUUCUCUCAAGUCUGUGCCUAUGAAAUCUCAUCCAACUUUUGGUUCCUCAUGGGUUUAAGAUCCACAUUCUGGGUCACUUGGUCUUUUGCUGACAUUUUCAUACUAUUGCAGUCAGUCUCAUCUGCAGCAGCUCUCAAGCAUGGGUUCAGUGGGAAGAGGAGACUGAAAGUAACGUUCAGUAAUUUACUGGCAGUAGAAAUCUUUGGAUGUCACUGACCUCCUCUGUUCUUUCAGUUACCACAGAUAAGAAAGCCAGCUACUACUUCAGGAUCCCUUCUGUGAGUGCAUCCCUUAGCAAAAGGAAACAGUCCAGCCACCAACACCCUACUCAUGGUGCAUCUAAGAUGUGAUUCCAUUUUCCUUAUGAUUCUUCAGGGAACAUAGCUGCAUUAAGUGAGGUUAAAUGCAUUCAGGAAGUUGUUUCUUACAUUAGUCCUAGAAAAUUAGUAUUUCUAAAGCAAACCCUGGUAACUGUAGUUAGCCCUUAAAAAUGUUCAUCUGAAGACUCCUUCUACCAACUCAUUCAUGAUGGUGGAGGCAAAUAUAUCAUUUGUUUCCUGGGGAGCUGGGUCAAGUGCAGGCUGCACUUUUCUGAGAACAGAGAGCAGGUUUAAAUAGGUUAAAUGGCUUGAUUAAAUAUUGAGCGCUGAGUUGGAAGGAGAAGAUAAGUUAACCCCUUGAGCCAUGUGGCCUCUUUUAAGAUCCUGAGGCUAUACAUAUGUGAAAAAGUACAAAUUAAGAACCUGUGUUCAUAGACAAUCGGAACUGUGUUUCUGAAGUUUGUGCACAUUUUCCUUCACUGUAAUGUUAUUUUACAACCGUUUGUUAUAAUAGUGAAUAAUUUAAUGAUUUAAAAGUAACAGGUUUUGUGUGAGUGUGUGCUUGUAUAUGUGAGAAUUGCCUUAUUUUCAGGUUGUUUUAUUUAAAUGAUGGUUCCUUGGACAGCAUUCUGGUGUUCAGCAACCAGUAUGGAAUAUUUGUCAUUAAAUCCAGAUCAGUCUUUUACCAUGUCAGUCUUUCUUCUUUACCCAUUAAAUAGCACUUGUCACCCAUUAAAUAGCACUCAGU